AUGCAGUCUCUGUUUGGAGGCGGGGAGCUGGAGCUGCUGGGGGGAGGCGGCGACGCAGGGGGCCUGAAGGAGGAUGGCUGUGGCAGCGUGGUGUGGCGCUCCUCACCCCUGCCCCCCGAAGACGUCUACUCGGCCUCCCACUUCGCCCUCAUCACGGCCUAUCAGGACAUCAAGACGAGGCUGGCCUGCCUGGAGCGGGAGAACACCAGCAUCAAGAGGAAGCUCAAGAUCUAUGAGAUCAAGUUCCCUAUGAUCAACGAGUUCGGGGAGGACACCAACUCCUACUGCUCGUUUGAGAGCAAGGAGACGGCGCUGCUGCACUCGGAGAAUGGCAACCUGCAGCAGAGGGUCAACGUCCUGACCCACGAGCUCCAGAAGAGGAAGGAGAGGGAGGAGCAGCUGGAGGAUGUGAUCCAGGCCUACGAGAAGAUCCACAUGGAGAAGAGCAACCUCCAGAGGGACCUCGACAAGAUGACGAGCCUGGUGGAGAAACACGUGGAGCGAAUCCUGAACCUGGAGUCAGUUCUGAGGCAGAGAGACAACUCGAUGCAGAAACUCAACAUGCAGCUGCACAGCAAAGACAUGCAGUACCUGCAGCUGCACGCCGGCCCAGACGCACACUUGCUGGACUGUCCCGCCCUGACCCUCCAGAGCUCCCGCAGCCUGGACGCCCUGUCCGACCUGAAGCUGCAGCGGCUGGAGGCCGAGCUGGAGGGGGCGCGGCACGAGGCCCAGGGGGCUUGUCAGCGGGAAGAGGAGCUGAAGGCGGAGUGCGAGAGGCUGAAGGAGGAGAUGAGACAGCUCCAGAACAGCCAGAGGGAGAGGGAAAUGACUUCGCCGUGCAAGCAGUGUGAUGUGGAGUGGAUAAAGAAGGUGGGAGACGAGCAGGUGAAUCUGGCUCUGGCCUACACAGAGUUGACGGAGGAGCUGGGACGCCUCCAGGCUCUGAGCUCCAAGCAGACGGAGAUUCUGAGGAAAGCAUCACAGGAGCAGGCGAGUCCAGGUUAG